UAGACUUUUUCUUGUGAGACUUACAAUCCCACACCAGCAGAUAAGUGCGGCCGGCCGGCUCUCUUGAACGAAAGUGUUCUGCGAGAGCAAAAGAGGCGAAUCGUAAUUUCUUCACUGCCGUUAACAUAUCACAAUGGCAAGACGAUGGUAUGACGGAAUAGAGCUUGAGGAGCUUCAACGCAGCCACAAGGACUUCCAAUAUGUUCAUACCAAAAUGCACAAAACUAUUGGCCACGGUGACGUGCUGAAUUAUGAUAUUAGGAAGGUGUUUCGAAUCAACAAUAAAUAUACAUGGCCGAGAUACGUAAAGCGCAGGGCGCAAAUCUGCAGAGAUAUGGGAGGGCAAAGGGUUACGGAACGAAGACUUUUUCACGGGUCGCCAAAUGCAGAGACCAUUGCCAACGAAGGAUUUGACCGCGGAUUUGCAAAGUCGUCUGGAAUGUUUGGUGCUGGAGUCUACUUUGCGGAACAUUCGUCCAAGAGCAAUAACUACUCGUUUGGCUGCCUACAGCCUUGUCCCCGACACAGCACCGGCAAUUGCAGCUCGUGCGUGCGAAAAAUGCUAAUUUGCAAGGUGGCAAUUGGAAAACUGUAUGAAACAACAUUUUCAACGACAAGCUCGCUUCCCAAGGGUUAUCAUUCAGUUCGGGGCAACGCCGGCAUGCGCCUCGCUUUCCCCGAAUAUGUGAUUUAUAAUGACGAUCAGGUGUAUCCCAGCUACUUGAUUGAGUACACAGCAAACUAUAAAGAUGGCUGCUCUUUGAUGUGAGCAAAAAUAUUUUUAAAUUAAAAUGACGAUGCUAAAAUAUUUUCAAAAAUGUCAAAUUAGCUAUUCUAUGAAUCAAAAAGAUAAUUUUGUGAAGCGUAGAUUAAAUUGAUGUUAUUUAGUGCUUAUAACAAUCUGCUUAAUACAAGCAGUGCUUCUAUGUAAUAAUUAUAGAGUCAUAUUUUUACUUUUUUAAACAUAUAUUGGCUGCAUUACUAUUUUUCUACUGUAUUUUAUACAUUGUGAUUGCUGCAAAGUAACAAACAAUCAUUGAAAAAAUGUUUUGAACUGUUAAAUUUGAAUUUUCAUCCCAAAUUUUUACGGAGGUAAUAAUUGCAUCUUACAUUUGAAAAUGCAUCCAGUUUGUUGGCUAUUUUUGUUUAUAAAAUUCUCAAUAAAGAAAAGCAACUG